CUGCGCCCCAAGAAAUGUGUCAGCUUUUGAAGCAUCAUUGUCUAGAAAUAUUAGCUAGACCUGGCAACCCUGGUCAAGGUAAACAAACUAAUGCCCGAGCUGUCAAAAAAAAAGACAAGACGUUGCCUGCCUCUUGCAAGUGAAACAGUUGCCAUGACCGCUUGUAUAAUUUUACUUGUCGUACUUUCAGAAACAUACAGCUAGCUACAUUGACUAAGGUAAAUUGAGCUAGGGUAAUUUAGCCUAAAGUAUUGGAAUGCUUGGCUAGCAGCUAUUAACGUUAGUUACUGUAGAAAGCUAACGAAAGGAAAGGCAACCCGACAUCCCAUCAUACCAAUGUAAUAGAACAUAUGAUCAGUUCAUUGUAAAGUCAAUGUGUCAUUACAAAAUCGUUAGAUGAAGCUAGAUGAAACAUUUUCACUUUUACGUAGUAUAACGUUAACUAGCUAGCUAGGUCCUCUCCACUGCUGCUAGCCUGAGCUACUCAGCUAACUUAGCACCGGUAGCUAGCUAGCCAGGCAAUAAUACAAAUUCUUCCUGCAGGUUGCAGGGAAGAAAUUCGUUUAUCACAGAGAAUAAAUUAACUAGCUGUCUAUUCACAUAUGUGCUGCUAGCUAAAUCAUGUGAAAUAAAUGUAACGUUACUUAUAAAAAAAAUGUUUGACACUGAAUAUAAAAGCCAUAUGAAGAGCCAUGUCUCACACUCAGUCGGAGACUGUUGGCCACGCCGGAGCCAACUGGGCUUUGGAGCUCUUCUGACAUGGCUGAUUCUCUUCCAUUGACUGUUAAAUGUAUGGCUGCUGUGUGUCUUCACGAGCCUCCUGAGGGGCUGGCUGGGAUCUCAGGCUGUCCUGGACCCCAACAGCGCUGUUCACCAGGAGAGGUUCAUCACAUUGGAAAGGAUCCGUCCUUCACCUGAGAGUGAGCGGCAGCUAGACCACUAUAUACAGACCACCGUGCACAAGAUCAUCCAAUACUUCCUCCUGGUACUGCAUAGUGUCCUCAGAGUGGGACUUUCAGGUUGAGGUGCAAAGUGCCAUGUACUCCAUGGCAAUGGCUCUGAAGUGUCGGUCAAGAAGAGUGGACCGUAAGGUCCUGACUCAGGGGGUUUUGGACCUGUGUGGCGGCCACCUUCAGAGCUACCUGAGAGCCAAAUAUGUCAUGGCCUAGCUGAAGAGGCAACCGGAUGGAGAGAACAGCCUCUGGAAAGCAUACUCCCGGGUCUGCACACCUCACCCUGCUGUGAAGAGCUCGGCCAUGGAGGUGAACUACACCAGGGCUGUUGUUGACCGGCUGCUGCAUGUCCUUGUCCCUCUGCCUCACCUGGAAACCCGAACGGGAAGGUUUGUGGUCGGAGAGCUCAUCACGUGCAAUGUCCUUCUCCCCUUCUUUACGAAACUAUCGGAUCCUGACUGGCUGAACCUGUUAAUCUUUGCAAGCCCCCUCUGCAGACCUCCUCCCCCAUGGUGACCCUGCCGCGAAAGCCCGAUCAUCAUCCAGAACCUCCGCAUCCCCGGGACCAUCAUGGUCAAGGAGCACCGUCGCACCGGCUCGCUUCCGUACACUCUCUACACGGUCACGGAUGAAACAGCAAUGGACUCUGAUAACCCAGGGUCUAUCCAGCCAGUUGCCUAUCACACGGUCAACCGGCGAUAUAGUGAGUUUCUCAACCUACAGACCCGCUUGGAGGAGAAAUCAGACUUGCGAAAAUUCCUCAAAGGGUUUAACAGCUUGUCGGUAGCUGGCCUAGAGGCCUUCAUCAAGGAGCGGGAACUUGCGGUGAUGCAGAGGCUGAGAGGGAAGGCAGUCCAGCCCUCAGAGGAGAAGUGGGAGGCCCACAGAAUAAUCUACCAGGUACAUCCAUUCAAGAUUCUGUUCAAAACAAGAACUAAGUUCUUACAUCAAUCUUGGCUCGUGAUAGUGGAUGUUUGCGUCAUGACUGCUUCCUGUUCUUCCCGACAGUGUCUGUCUGUGAGUCAUUUAUUGUGAAAUGCUGUUUUUUUACUGUACUUUUUCAUAAAAACAGGAUUUGCUACUUUUCUUACUUAGUUUAAGUUCAGUGACUGGUCCUGUCUAUGAAUGUGCAGUGUUUUGGAAGGUGAACAGCACAGAAGGUUAAGGUCCUCUAACUGGUAAGAUAUUUUAUGUCUCCAAUCCAGUGAAUGGCCUUAGAAAAAAUGGGUGAUCCCAUUGACUUCAUAUGGAAACUAUCUCCCAAGACUUGACAUUGGAAUGAUUUAUUUAUUUGAAUCCAAAUUGCUGGGGCUUCCAUGUUUAAAGUCUGCUCAUUGUCUUGUCUGAAGGAGACGUGUUUCAGAUGUGGGCCAGACUUUGAUGGUGAGCCGUCUGGCUCCCACUCGCUGACCAGACAGGUCUGAAACAUCCUGUUCCAGAUCUCUCCUGAACAUUUCAAGAGUGAAAGUGGUGGAGACGGCCCUAGCUGACUUGGCCCUUGACAUCAUGUGUCUGCUGAUGAAGGACCAGUAGAGCUGGCUGUGCACCGACAACAUCCCGGAAGACUAUCCGGCUGCUGUUUGGAACCCUCAUUGACAGUUGGCUUAACGUGAGCGUGGCCAACCUGACCUGUACCCUGCGGGGGCUGCAGGAGGUGUGGCAUGGGGGCAGCCUACCAGCCCAGCACCGCCCGGUGCACAGCCACCAACAGAAGGAGGACACC